CUGCUGCGAAGCACUCAACCUGUCAGAUUAUCAUCCCCAAAUCUUCCUGUCAUCAUGCUCGGACGUCUCAGCCACUACGCAUUCGAUGCGGUUCUUAUCUCUGCCUUCCUGGCUGGCGUGAAGCGCUCGACUGGAUUAACCCCCAGUCUCAACUCCGACAAGAUCACCGAUAACAAGGACUUCAAGAAGUGGAUUGAUAACUACCUGGGUGUUGGCGAGUGGGUUAUGGAUCAGUCUGUGGCUGUGUUGGGUUCCACGAGCUACUUCGAGCGCAAGCGGUAGAUUUAUCACUGCUACUGAUACAUCUUAACUACCGAUCACAUCGCUUUUCCUGUGUCGGGGUCGCCGGUCGGCUUACGAAUGGAUUGGUUGGAUCCCUGGUGGGGUGGGCAUCUAUAUGUGAUUUGCCUGGGUUGGGCGAGUACACUACUAUGUGAGGCUGGGGGCUUCUGGCUGGAAGAGAGGCUGCGAUAUAAGGCAAGAAAGGGAUUAAAGGGUAUGAACCCCGUCGCGGUUGAGGGUAUGGCUGCGAUGGGUCGUUGCUCAUGAUUGAUGAUGGCAUUUCGGCUCGUGUUCGAGUAGCGCAAGUCAUGGCGUUGGGUAUUUUGCGUUGACUGUAUACCUUGAUCCAUGCUCCAAUGGUAUCUCCCCUUGGAACGUUUGCAUCUCUUCUCGAUAUGCCUGUUUGUACAUAGGUUCCCUGUUGAGGGAUAACUCAUCUGUAUCUCUGUUCUCCGCUGUUUAGCUAACAACGGCCAUGUUGUGACCGG